UGCGCAUACUUCACAUGGUCGAGUAUUUAUUUUAACCCAAAUGCUGUAUGGAAACAUGCUGCUAAGAAGGAACACAGUUUAACGCAACUGUGGCCAGUUUAUUUUAGUUAAUUUAUAGGACGAAAUUUACUUUAGCAGCAGGCAGAAUGGCAAACGACAAUUCAACAAAACUUUCGAAAAAUCUCCUGCGAAUGAAGUUCAUGCAGAGAGGUCUGGACGCGGAUGCGAGGAAACAGUUGGAUGAAGAGGAGAAGAGGAUCAUUAGUGAUGAACAUUGGUUCCUGGAUCUGCCCGAGCUUAAAGCCAAAGAAAACUACAUCAUCGAGGAGAGAAGUUAUGUUCCCUGUGAGGAUUUAGUUUAUGGCAGAAUGUCAUUCAAAGGCUUUAAUCCUGAAGUUGAGCGAUUGAUGGUUCUGAUGAACACACCCAGAGAUGAAGAUGUGGACAUUGUUGAUGAUGGAGGUAUAAACAAAAUGGCCACAGAUAUAACAGAUGAAGAGAUGGCUAGAAGAUAUGAAAGUCUGGUUGGGAGCAUGAGGAACAAGUUCACCAAGAAACGAGAUCGCUCGGCAAUAAUGGAGAAAGAAGAGGACGUCAACUCUAACGUUGUUGCUUGUAAACCAAAAAGAGCAUUCCUAAAGCCCCAGGACUGAAAUAUUUCACACACACAGUGGAGUGGGGUUUACUUUAAAUAAUUUAUUUUAACUUUUUUUUAGACAUUUUCUUUAAAUAUGUUUAGUGUGAAAUACAGCAGCGACGUUAAAAGACAGUGUUUUUUUUUUAAUGAAAAAUGACAUUAUAGGACAUCCCAAAAAAUGUUGACAGCCCAUGAAUUAAAUAUACCAUUUGGAGAAAAAAGAAAUCUUGACCUGGGUAUAAAAACCUGUUCUUUCAAGCAUAUUUACAUAUUCACACUUGUAUAAUUUAGACAAAAAGUAACAAUUGUCAUUUACUCCUUAACGUUUAAAACUAUUGAAAUUGAACUGAAAUAGCUUUCAUUGAAAAUCUUUUACUCUGCCAAAUGUGCUAUUGGUACUUAUUGUACCUUGUUGUGAUGUAUAAAGUUAGAUUUGUGACCCAUGGCACAUCUGUAAGUCCUCGUAUGGCACUGUCUUGUACACUACCUUUUUUGGGGGUCAGGAUUUGUUGAACCUGUCUCCUUAAAGAGGAAUGAAAUGAGGUGUGCGUUUAUUGAAAAAUAGUCCCAUGUAACAUUUCUCAACCAAUCAGAAUAAAACAUUUAACAGUC